GAGCUUUUUGGACGGCCUUAAUUGCAUCCAUAAAAUAAGCCGGAUAGGGUUCAAUGGCUUACUGCUACUCUUCCAACCUUCUCCACUUCACUCCAAUGGAGCUCCUGCAGCCAGUCUCUUCCUCAUGGUCCAUCACUUCCUCCUCCGCCCCUCCAGAAGACAGAAGACGUUCACUUCCUGCUGAAUCGGCAAAGAAAAACUUCAAUUUUGAAGGACUCCUGAAGAAAUCGAAGGGGGAACUCUCCAAGAUUUUGAGGACGGAAGCUGCGGUCAUCGCCAUUGAGGGGAAAGCAAGAUCCUCCAAGUUCAAUAACCUCUGGCCUAGAGCUGUUCUUGAGGCCCUCGACAACUCCAUCGCCGGUAAUCGAUGGGAAUCCGCCCUCAAGAUUUUUGCGUUACUCCGCAAACAAAACUGGUAUCGUCCGAAAGGCCAAACAUAUGCGAGGCUAUUGACGAUGCUCGGGAAGUGCCGGCAGCCGGAGCACGCUUCCUCCCUCUUCAGAACCAUGAUUUCUGAAGGCUUUAACCCAACCUUAGAUGUUUACACAUCGCUAGUCGGCGCAUUCGGCUACAGUGGUUUAUUUGAUGAAGUGAUGAGCAUCAUUGAUGAAAUGAAAGCUAUCUCUGACUGCAAACCUGAUGUCUUCACUUACACGAUCCUCAUCGGGUGUUGCAGCAAACUACGGCGAUUCGAUCUGAUACCUUCGCUGCUUGCAGAAAUGUCUUACUUGGGUAUAGAAUCCACUUCAGUCACUUAUAAUACAUUAAUAGAUGGUUACGGCAAAGCUGGCCUGGUCAAUGAAAUGGAAAAUUGUCUCUCUUUGAUGCUUGAAUCCGGAAGCUGCGUGCCUGAUAUUUUCACACUGAACUCUAUACUAUCUGCUUUUGGACAUAGAAGAAGAAUAAGUGAAAUGGAGAAACGGUACAUUGAGUUUCAGCACAUGGGCAUUGAUCCUGAUCUUACCACCUUCAAUAUUUUGAUUAAAUCAUAUGGUAAGUCUGGAAUGUAUGAGAAGAUGAUCAGAAUCCUUAACUUCAUGAAAAAAAGGUGUUUUUCUCCCACCACUAUUACAUUCAAUACUUUAAUUGAAUGUUUUGGGAAAGGGGGAAAGAUUGAUGAGAUGGAGUAUUAUUUUAGAUUGAUGAAAAUGGAAGGAAUCAAACCAAAUUCCAUUACUUACUGUUCGCUUGUUAGUGGAUUCAGCAAAGCUGGGCUUGUAGAGAAGGUUCCUUUCCUCAUUAGAGAGAUAGAAAACAGUGAUGUUUUUCUGGAUACUCCUUUCUUCAACAGUGUAAUCAAUGCAUAUGGUGAAGCUGGAGAUAUAGAAAUAAUGAAGGAGAUGUUUUUGUUGAUGAAGGAGAAGAAAUGUGAUCCUGAUUAUGUCACAUUUGCUACAAUGAUCAAAGCUUACAAUAGUAGGAGCAUGGAUGUAGAUGCUCAAGAGUUGGAGCUUAAGUUGGUUGAACUGAAGAGUGAAAUUAUGUUGAAUGGAGUGAUGAAACAAAAUCAUAAAAUCCACGCUUGGAGAAGGGGAUAAAGGAGCAGUCGAAAUAGUUUGAACUUGUCAUAUGUUUGGUGUUCGAAUCAAAGACAGUUAGUUAUCAUACAGAAUGAGUUUUUCCAUGGCCCAAGCGGCAGGAUCACACUCGAGGAACUCAAUCUCUUGCACAGAAAAAUGGCUUCAUUCUAAAAGGAUCUCUUGUAAUACCAAUCCAAGAAAUUUUAUGCAUAUCAACCGUCUCUGUUUUCGGUGGCUCAAGAAUAGAUGAUGGAUCUCUCUCGAAAAUCAUGCAUCAUCGGAGUCAACAUUUUGUGGUUCUCUCUUCAAGCCGCCAUAUGCCUCUUAUAACUUUCUAAACACCGGCAACCUCACAUAUUCCCAUUCCCCUGCUAUUUGAUAACCAUCUCUCUACUAGACCAAUCUCUUAAAUAUCUUCUAAGAACUCAUGAACACUGUCAUUUGGUAUAAGAGCUCGAGAAACCAUAAUUUUUUAAGAAGUUAUCUUUACUUAUGUCUAAACCUUCCUACAACUUGAUAUCCUAAUCAUUCCUACCGCAUUUAUCAGCCAUAAACCUAAAACUUGAAAAACCAAUCUUCCUAACUCUGCCAAAAAUCUGUUAGGACACUUACUAAUUAACUUUAAGACAUUAGCCAACCUUUGAUCUACAAUCUUGUAUUCGUCAAAAUCCUAAUUAGGAGAAAAUGACACAUUGUCACCUAGGAGAAACAUGCAAAGAAGUGUUUUAAAACUUAUAAUUGAUGAUAUGCAAAGAAGAAUCUUACAACUGCAAUAAACGUUUGUCGCCUUUGAAAGCAGAUAACCUGGAGAGGACGCCCAUAGCCACAAUUGUAGCAUAUUGGAUCGAAAGAAGGAAGUGAAUCCCUUCCACCAUAAAGUUUUUAAUGAUGUACCAACACCCUCAUGAUUUGACAUUGAACAUCAGCGUAGAGCCUAUGAUUUUGGAGUAAAGAUUUACCUAUCGGAUAUUGAUGAAUAUUUAGGUCUCGAUGAAUUCAUUGAGUGGCUUUGAACAGUGGAGCACAUUUUUUAGCAUAAGAUGUUCAGCACAACAAGUGAGUUACUCAUGAAGAAUGUUUCUUUGUGGUGGGAGAACUUAAAGUGUCUUCGACAGCAGGAAGGGAAGAGUAAGAUCAUAUGGUUUAAAGAUGAAAUGAAGACGUGUUAGAGAGAUUCUUUUGUGGAUGAGUACACAAUUGAAUUUGACUAAUGUGUGCUGAAAUGCAAGUUGGUGGAAUCAAAUGAGCAUGCAAUGGUGAUGUGUCUUGUAAGACUGAAGCUAGGGGUGUAAACGAAUCGAGUCGAGUUGGAGCCACCCUCAGCUUGAACUUGAGCUUGAUUAAUUAGUGGAGCUCAAACUCGAACUUGAGCUUACUUUUAUGGUGUUUGAGCAUGCUAACGAGCCAGCUUGUUUAUUAUGAAAGAGAGGAAAUAAUAUUAAUUAAAGCUACUAUUAUAAUAAAAUGUCAAAUAAAAAGAAUUAUU